AUGGGUCUCCCGCAACUAAGGGGCAAAUCCCUCAUAGCUCUCAUUCUGAUCACCUCCGGGUUUGAUUUUUUGCUCUUCGGAUAUGAUCAAGGGCUUUUCGGCGGGAUUCUCGCAGGAGAACGCUUCCAGGAAAUGCUCGGCCACCCAGGCGCAACCAUGAGCGGUCUCGUCACCGCAAUCUACGACAUUGGUUGUGCGUUGGGUGCAGUGACUGCGUUUCUCUUCGGUGAGCGUGUUGGACGCAAGCGGUCGAUUCUGUACGCCAACUUCAUUAUCAUCAUCGGAGCCACAAUUCAGACUGCCUCCUACAGCUACAAGCAGAUGUUUGUUGCUCGCAUCAUCUCCGGCCUAGGUGUCGGCUUCAGCACGGUGGCCGUCCCUAUCUUGCAAUCAGAGACACUGCCAGCACAUAACCGUGGCUCCCUACUCGUCUUUCAGUCAGUCCUUAUCCCCUCUGGAGUUGCGCUGGCCUCCUGGGUUUGCCUAGGCACCUUGUACGCCCCAGGAUCGAUGCAGUGGCGCUUUCCGGUGGCGUGUCAGAUCCUGUUCUCCUUGUGCAUUCUGGUGUUCUGUCUGUUCUGUCCAGAGACACCCCGGUGGCUGGCAAAGCACGGAAAGGAAGAGGAAGCUCGCAAGAUCAUUGCCCGCCUCUUGGACAAGGCAGAUGAUGACGCCGAAGUGCAGGGCCAACUGGCCGAGAUUCUGGACAACAUUGCCGCGGAGGGAGCAGAGAGUAAAGUCACCUGGUCCGAGUGUUUCAGCAAUGCCACCCGGGCUCGAAAUCUGCAGCGUGUCCUGCUCGGCAUGGGCCCGUACCUUUUCAAUCAGUGGAGUGGUGCCAACGUCCUCGGCUACUACAUGGGCUAUAUCUUGGAAACCUAUCUUGGCUACAAGCCUCUGUUGGCUUUGAUCCUGGCGUCUGUGUGCUUCACGCAGGAAUCCAUCAUGGCCUUCUCGCCAUAUUUCUUCCUCGACCGACUUGGAAGACGAAAGACGGUCCUGAUCUCGUCAACUGCCUGUGCGAUUUGCAACUUCAUCAUCGCCGGGGCCUUGCUCAACAAGACAUACUCGUCUGCCGCUGCAGCCGUGGCCUUUAUGUUUGUUUACUUUGACUGCUAUGGCUCCGGCAUUCUCCCAGUCUCCUGGUGCUACUCGGCUGAAGUCCAACCACUGCGCGUUCGAAACAAGUCCAUGGCUGUUGGAGUGUUCUGGCACUGGAUGUCCAACUUCGUGAUCGUGAUGAUCACCCCGAUCGGCGUGCAAAACCUCGGUGGAAAUUUCUUCUGGAUCUGGGGCGCCUUCUGUGCGCUUUUUGUGCCGCUGACAUACUUUUUCGGGGUGGAAACCGCCGGCCGCACAUUGGAAGAGGUCGAUCAAAUGUUCUUUGACGAACCACGCAUCUGCAUGGGCUUGAACAAGAACCACACACAGGUCAUUCGGAAAACUGCGGUCCAGGAGGAAAUUCGCUUCAGAGAGCUCGCCCAGGCGGAACAGAAAGUCAUUACGACGUCGCAUGUCGAGACGUUGCCAAAACCAUAG